UACAAUUCAGUUCAGAAAACGUAAGAAAAGUGUAGAGUACCGAAAAAAUACAGGCACAGUACCUUUUUAAUUUUGUAAAUCUUUUGGUAAACUAUUUUUGUACUUUUCAACUUUAUGAAAUAACUUGUAUAACUGCAACUGCGGACUAUGUCAGAGGCAGUCGACGUCAGGGACCAGUUCGAAAUCCCAGCAGCAAGGUCGAACGAAAGUCAGACUUCGCUCCAAAACGAUCCGAAAAUAGAGCUGGAAAAGUGGAUGAAGGUUGUGGUUUGUGAUGACAUAAUCAACGGGCUCAAAUUUCAAGACGUAACUGAAGAAAACUUCGAGGCUACAGAGGCGGCGGUGAAGUAUUGGGAGGUUACCGAGGAAGCGAAUAAUAGAAAGGAGUUCGAAGAGUCCGAGGAGUUUGCGAUUAAGGAUAUCAGCCUUAUAGAGGACGAGGGGGAGCUGGUUUCCGGGUCGUCCUUCACUUCCUGUUGCUCCUACAAGUACAUCCGGCAAUCGAUCCUCAACAGGGGGCUGCGCAACGCAUCCACCUUGAGUUUGGAUAGCGGUGUUGAUAUCGAUUCCCUAACGGAUCCCAGUCACAAUCGGGAACUAUAUCAAGCACAAGAUUCCCCCUCUGGCAAAUACAUCGAGGAGAAUUGCUCCUCCAUUAAAAUAGUAAUGGAGAAAAGAAAGAUAAACAUUACGCCCGAAGGUAGUGAAUGCGACAUCGAACUGAGUUUGGAUGAAGUUUACCAACGUUUCUCGGCUUGGUUCAAUCGCACCGAAAUAGACACCGCUUUCUCCUGUUUUAUGCAGGUGGAUGAAGACCGGGAUGGGUAUAUCUGUUUGGGAGAACUCAAGAGGUUUCUGGAGAAACUGGAGCUACCACAAACCCAUUUGGCAGCCAAAAAUGUAAUGCACCAUGUGGUUGGAAAGCAGGAGGAUCGGCUGAACUUCUGCCAGGGGCUGCUGAUUUACGGGACCCUGAUGAACCGCCUCGAAUUGCGUAAGUGGAAUCUUCAGGAUCGCGAAAAGCAGCGAUUAGCCAGAAAAGAAGCGGUAGACGUAUCUCAAGUGGGCGUUAGUGGGGCCAAACUAUUUUUCGAGGCCAAGAUAGCCAUGCAAACGGAACCACUAGCUCUUAGUUCGGAUCAACCGGUUACCAAGGUUGCUGCUAACCAUUCCCCAAUCUGCCUGAAAACCGCCUCCAAAAGGGAGCAAUUCAAGUCCGCCGCUGCUGUUUUUAAAAAACUCGAGAGCGAUCAGUGAUGUGUUUCAAUCCAAGCCCCUCAAUCCUGACUCGAGAGUGUUGUGCCCAAAAUUUCAAGUUGAAAUUCUAGAAAAUUUUCCGUUUUAUAGACACACUGACCUUGUAUCAACUCUAUAACUUCCCGUAAAUCAUUUGCCAAUAAAAAACGAUCCAG